AUGCCCAUGUCGAGUAAAUGGAGCAGAAAGAAACCACACUUCCCUUUACUCGCCGUGCUUUUGGUUUUCAUAGCUUGUUCAGUUCUCUACAACGAAUUCAGCAUUCAACGGAUCCAUGAAAGCACGGAUCAUAUUCCCAGCAGUCAACCAACUCCAUUUACUUAUGUCAAACCAAAUCUUCCUCAACGUGCUUCAGAGGUUUUGGAUAGAUUCAGUGGCUGCAACUCUACUAGGAACUUCAGUGGGAAGAAAAUCCGGUGGGCCGACCCGGAGGCGGAAUUGGGUCGGCGGCGGAGUGUAAGCCAGGAGAGUUGUGAUUUGUUCUCCGGAAAGUGGGUUUUCGAUAAUCGAUCGUACCCGCUUUACGAAGAGUCCGAGUGUCCGUACAUGUCGGAGCAGUUGGCGUGUCAUAAGCAUGGGAGGUCCGAUUUGCAGUACCAGCACUGGAGAUGGCAGCCUCAUGGCUGCAACUUGAAGAGAUGGAAUGCAAUCGAAAUGUGGGAGAAAUUGAGAGGGAAGAGACUAAUGUUUGUGGGAGAUUCUCUGAAUAGAAACCAAUGGAUAUCAAUGGUGUGCUUGUUGCAGUCGGUGAUCCCGGCAAAUAAGAGAUCAAUGACUCCUAAUGCCCAGCUCACAAUUUUCAGAGCAGAGGAAUAUAAUGCGACAGUGGAAUUUCUCUGGGCUCCGCUCCUGGUUGAGUCUAAUUCUGAUGAUCCGGUGAAACACAGACUGACUGAACGAAUCAUCCGUCCCGAUUCAGUACUCAAGCAUUCAGCACAAUGGGAGCAUGCAGAUAUACUAGUUUUUAACUCGUACUUAUGGUGGAGACAAGGCCCGGUCAAGAUGUUGUGGGGUGGUGAGGAAAAUGGAGCCUGCGAGGAGCUCGACGGGUUAGGAGCAAUGGAACUGGCCAUGGGAGCUUGGGCAGACUGGGUAGCAUCAAAGGUCAUUCCCCUCAAGAAACGUGUCUUUUUUGUUACAAUGUCGCCGACACAUUUCUGGAAAAGAGAGUGGGAAGCUGGAAGUGAAGGAAACUGCUAUAACGAAACGAGGCCUAUCGAUCGGGAGGGGUACUGGGGAAGUGGGUCAAACUUGGCUACCAUGCGCAUGGUGGAUGAUUUGGUUUCCCGUUUGGGUUCGAAGGUAUCGGUUAUCAACGUCACACAGCUCUCGGAAUAUCGAAAAGAUGGGCACCCUUCCAUCUAUAGGAAAUUCUGGGAGGCACUCAGCCCACAGCAACUGGGAAACCCUGCAAGCUACUCUGACUGCAUACACUGGUGCUUGCCUGGUGUGCCUGAUGUGUGGAAUGAAUUACUCUUCCAUCUUUUGUAAAUAUCAAGGUUUAUUUUGUUUGUUAAUUAACUGCAAUCGGCUCCCUUGGUUGGUUUGACUGAAAAUGAAAUGAUUAUAUUGUUUUAUUG